AUGGUCAAGGUCGAGCAGAAAGCAGUACUGAUCGUUAUCGACGGCUGGGGCAUUCCAAGUGAGACAUCACCGAAAGAUGGCGACGCAAUUGCUGCCGCCAAAACCCCCGUCAUGGACGAGUUCUCGAAGACAGGCUCGAAGAUUACACAAGGCUACACUGAGCUUGAGGCAUCAUCACUAGCUGUUGGAUUGCCGGAAGGCCUUAUGGGCAAUAGCGAAGUUGGACAUUUGAACAUUGGAGCAGGAAGAGUCGUCUGGCAGGAUGUUGUCCGAAUAGAUCAGACGAUCAAGAAGGGCGAAUUGACAAAAGUCAAGACGCUCACGGACUGCUUUGAGCGGGCAAAAGACGGCAAUGGAAGGUUACAUCUGCUGGGUUUGGUCUCGGACGGAGGAGUUCACUCACACAUUAAACAUCUUUUCGAACUGUUGAAGGUCGCAAAGGAGCUGAAAGUACCUAAGGUAUACAUUCACAUGUUUGGAGAUGGGCGAGAUACGGAUCCCAAGUCUGGCGCUGGCUAUCUGCAAGAGCUGAUCGAAAAGACGAAAGAACUGGAAGUGGGCCAGAUUGCGACGGUUGUUGGCCGCUACUACAUUAUGGACCGAGACAAGCGGUGGGAUCGAGUGGAAGUAGGUAUGGAGGGAGUCGUAACGGGCGAAGGACCAGACGUCACUCCUUCCACCGACCCCGUGGCAACGAUUAAGGAGAAAUACACCAAAGACGAAAACGACGAGUUCCUCAAACCCAUUAUCGUAGGCGGCAAAGAAGCCCGAAUUCAAGACAACGACACCCUCUUCUUCUUCAACUAUCGCUCCGACCGCGUCCGCGAAAUCACCCAACUCCUCGGCGACAUCGACCGCUCGCCCAAACCCGACUUUCCUUACCCAAAGAACAUCAGCAUAACAACAAUGACCCAAUAUAAGACCGACUUCCCCUUCCCCAUCGCCUUCCGCCCCCAACACAUGGGUAAUGUCCUCGCCGAAUACCUUGGCUCCAAAUCUAUCAAACAAUGCCAUGUUGCCGAAACCGAGAAAUACGCCCACGUCACCUUCUUCUUCAACGGCGGCGUCGAGAAACAAUUCCCAGGAGAAGACCGAGACAUGGUGCCCUCGCCCAAAGUAGCCACCUACGACAAAGAUCCAAAAAUGAGUGCCGCGGGUGUCGCCGACCAACUCUGCACCCGCAUCAAAGAAGGCAAGUACGAAUUCCUCAUGAACAAUUUCGCCCCACCGGACAUGGUCGGGCACACCGGUGUCUACGAAGCCGCGAUCAAAGGUGUCGAAGCUACCGAUGCGGCCAUCGGCCAAGUCUACGAGUGUUGCAAGAAGGAGGGGUAUGUGUUGUUUAUUACGGCAGAUCAUGGCAAUGCCGAGGAGAUGAAGACAGGAGAGGGCAAACCGAAGACGAGCCACACCACCAACAAGGUGCCGUUCAUUAUGGCGAAUGCGCCGGAGGGGUGGAGCUUGAAGAAGACGGAGGGCGUGUUGGGAGAUGUGGCGCCGACGCUGUUGGAAGUGAUGGGAUUGGAGAAGCCGGAGGAGAUGGGAGGAAGUAGUUUGCUUGUUAAGUGA